ACAAAUCUUCAACCAAAUAGGGGUCCCGCCCAGUUCAACCUUCUCUUUCUUUUCUUUUUGUGUGUUUCCUUAUUGGGUUCCAGUUCUGUCAGCUUUCUCCCUCAUGCAACUUUUCUGGGGAAAAAGAAAAAAAAAGCUGAGCUUGAAGUUGUCAUGUUUAAUGCUUCAGGGUUUAAUAUUUGAUUUUUUUUUCAGGUUUAUGUCAUUACUCAAAUGUACAUCAAGAUCCUUGCUUUCUUCGUUUCACCAGCUUAAACCCACUUCAAGAAAGAGGUCAGAUGGAAACAACCUCUGUGAGAUAUCUCAUCAACAGCAUCUCUCGAUUUAUUCAUCUCACAUCAUGCCAGAAAAUAAAAGUUGUUCCCAUGGAAAAGAAUUACAGAAAUAUGGUUGUCGUGUUAAAAAUUUUAAAACCACUGCUUGAUGAUAUUGUUGAUUGCAAGAUACCUUCAGAUGAAACUCUAUAUAAAGAGUGUGAAGAGCUAGAUUUGCUUGUGAAUGAGGCUCGAGAAUUGGUGGAGAAGUGGUGUUAUAAUAUGAGCAAAAUCCACAGGGUUCUUCAGAGUGAGUCUUUUCUGAUAAAAAUGCAAAGCUCUUCGCUUCAGAUAUGUCGAGUAUUACAGAGAUCAUUGCAAUCAUCACUAUCCACUUCAAGUAUAACCACCGUUCAGCACUGUAUGCGGGAAAUUAAACGUCUACAGCAGGAGAGGUCAUUGGAAAAUGUAGGAGAGGCUUUGAGAAGUCUAAGAGAUGAUGCUAUUCCUUGCACUGAUCAUUUGAUAAAAGUUUUCAAAUCACUGAACUUGUUGUCAAGCCGGGAUUUGUUCAAAGAAACUGUGGCUGUGGAAAAAGAGAGAAUGAAUGUGCAAGUCAACAGUGCAAAAGGGAAAUUAGAUCAAAUCAACCAGAUUGUGGAUCUCAUCUCUUGUAUACGUGAUUAUAUGCUUAAAACACAGCACUUUGUACCCACAUGUGGUAUUUUGAUACCUCCACGCUUCCUUUGCCCCUUGUCGUUGGAACUUAUGAUGGAUCCUGUUAUUGUCGCUUCUGGGCAAACUUAUGACCGCACUUCCAUCCAAAAGUGGCUUGAUACUGGAUUGUCCAUUUGCCCAAAGACCCAUCAAACACUUACACAUACAAAGCUCAUUCCAAAUGACAUAGUCAAAGCUAUGGUAGCAAGUUGGUGUGAGGAAAACAACUUACAACUUUCUAGUAACAAUGGCCGUGCAAAACUUGUCUCGAUGUCUUCUCCUUCAAAUCAUUUAUCAUCUCAAGAUUUAAAUCAUACUGAUAGUACUUGCUUUGCAAACGGUAGUUGCUCCACAUCAAGAUCAUCACCUGAAGGUAGAAAUGGUUUAGAGAAGCAGAAGAUUGACACCUCAUCAAGAUAUAACCAAGAAUGCUAUGGAUACCAAAGCAGGGAGAUUGACAAGUAUGAUCAGCAAUCCUCCAAUCAGUCAUUUAUUCACAGCAGGACUGAAUCAGCCUCAAGUGAAGUUUCUAGCAUUGAUUGUGCCUCUAGUAGUUCAAAGAAACAUGAAAGGAACGACUUAGCUGAAAUUUCAUCUGAGGGACUUGGUACUUCCUCAUUAACAGAAGAAUCUGGACUUUCUUCCUGGAUAACAGGAAAGCAGUUGCAGGCCUCUGGAGCAAAAAUAGAAAAGUCAGUCAACGGAAACCAUAAUUAUAACAGCCCUUAUUUCAUUGAAUCUGGGUCAGGAUGUGAUGAUUUGACCACGAGUUCCCAUGUGAAGAUGUUAGUGGACAACCUUAAAAGCCUAUCCAAUGAAGUCCAAACAGCAGCUGCUGCAGAAUUGCGCUUUCUUGCAAAGCACAACAUGGAAAAUCGAAUAAUUAUAGGUCAAUGUGGUGCUAUUGCGCCAUUACUUUCUCUAUUAUACUCAGAAGUAAAGCUAACGCAAGAGCAUGCUGUUACAGCCCUUCUAAACCUCUCAAUUAAUGAAGAUAACAAGGCUAGAAUUGCAAAAUUGGGAGCAAUAGAGCCGCUAAUUCAUGUUUUAAAGUCUGGAAAUGAUGGAGCCAAAGAAAACUCUGCGGCUGCUUUGUUCAGUCUUUCUGUCUUGGAAGAGUACAAGGCAAGGAUCGGCCGCUCUGGUGCUGUAAAAGCCUUGGUAAAUCUUCUAGGCUCAGGAACAUUGAGAGGGAGAAAAGAUGCUGCUACUGCUUUGUUUAACUUGUCAAUCUUUCAUGAAAAUAAGACUCGUAUAGUGCAAGCUGGCACAGUGAAAUACCUUGUCAAGUUUUUGGAUCCUGAUAGUGGGAUGGUUGACAAGGCAGUUGCUCUUCUCUCGAACCUGUCCACAAUCACGGAAGGGCGUUUGGCAAUUGUACAGGAAGGCGGUAUCCCAGUACUAAUUGAAGUUGUUGAAUCAGGGUCGCCAAGGGGUAAGGAAAAUGCUGCCUCUGCAUUGCUGCAACUAUGCCUUAACAGUUCCAAGUUUUGUACCUUGGUUUUGUACGAAGGGGCUAUUCCAUCCCUAGUUGCGCUGUCUCAGUCCGGCACACCAAGAGCUAAGGAAAAGGCACAGCAGCUUCUUAGUCACUUCCGGAGUCGGAGAGAAGGUGCGACAGGGAAGGGCAGGAUGUGACAUAUGAUAACUUGUGUUAUAUUUUUAUUUUCUGAUUCUUCUGAUACCCUUCUUGCAUGUAAGUUGUUCUUUUCUCAUUUUAUCUUGUUGGAGCUCUCUCUUCCCAUACAUUCUUUAGUUGUCAAGCUAUAUGCAUUGGCAUUGUGAACUCUAUUCUUUAUUUCUUUUUGAUCCCUAUGGGAAAAUAGGGCAAGCUUUCCAGUGAGGUGUUCGGUUUGUCUAUAAUUUGCUGCGAAUAUUUCCAUGGAACAUAAUAGCUUGCCAUAGGAUUAUGGUAUGACAGCUUCACUUUGUUUUUCUUCAUUCAGUUUAGUUCAUGUAAUAACUGGUUCUGAUUUGUUCCUUAAGUUUUGUAAAUAUGUUGUACAUGUAAUCUACUAUAUAGGUUCUUGUUAAAAGGAUACUUUUGCAAUUUGGUUUGGUUUGAAA